AUGCAACGAUAUUUUCGUUUACUUUUACUAUUGAAUAUAUUGGUUAUCAUCAUUGGAUUUCCAUUAACUCACAAAAAAUUAGCAGCUACUCAUAUUAAGCUUCAGGCUGCGGUCGCAGCAUCCAAUCGAUGUACUUCAAGCAAACAAUGUGCAAUAGAAGAAACUGGAGCUGAUCCGUGUGGUGGUCCAAGGGGUUAUACUAUAUAUUCAACAGUUGAUCCUAAAAGUGUGCGUGAGAUCAAGCGAUUAGCCAGUGAAACAAGAUCUAUUCCUGCAGCCCUCAACAAAGAAGAUCGCAAAAAAAAUCCAUACUCAGCGUGUGUUAGGUUAAUAAAACCAGAAGCCGAUUGCAAAGAUAAAAAAUGUAUUGAAGUAGCUCCAAAACAAUUUCGUGGUUCACAUUAA